AAGGUGAGCUUGUCUUCGUUUUGUCUUUUCCCUUCCCAUACUAUAUAAGGGGAAAUAUUCCCCCAAUUUUGGAGCAAUAAAGUAGAUCUAUCCAGCUAUCUAUAUUCGGUGAAUAGAUGCUAUAGUUUUAGUUCUAUGAACAAUUAGAGGACUGAAAGAAUGUUACUGAUUGAGGUAGGAACUAGAUGUAUGGACCAUGGAUGUAAGCAAGUAAUUUAUCAACUAUGACAACUCUUACAUGCACAUGCUUCAAAUUGGGUUAUACGCCUGCACAUAUCUGGGUUAAAGUGCCUGGCUUUCAGUACUUCCUCCACUCUUCAUAAAUAUUCAGCAGCUGUCACAGUGUGGGUGGAGAGAGUGGGUAUAUAAAUUGCCAGAGUGUCCAGUGAAGGUGUGUUCCUGCAGCAAACUGGAAUAGGGUAAACGCCUGCCUACGACAAACAACAGACUUCAUUACAGAAUGGAAACCAUGCAGGAGCUGAUCCCCUUUGCCAGAGAGAUGUUGAGUCAGAAACCCGGACGGGGUCUUUUGAAGGUUUACCUGCUUGGCUCUAUGUUUGCUGUACUGGGGACAAUCAUCGGGUUGGUUGAAACUGUUUGUCAACCCUUCUCCUCUGGUCAGCCGAUGGAUGCAGACAUAGUCCUCAUGUUGGCCCGGGAGCAGAGAACUGUUAAGGCGGAGACACAGAACAAUGUGGGAGAACAGGAAGGUACGGAGGAGGAGGAUGAGGAGGAGCUGGCUCAUAAAGAUGGGGCCACGACCCUCCGUACGACACUCUCUAAGACUCACAGACUCAGCCAUCGAAGCAUUGCCAACCGGCUGCAUGCUUCCUAAAGCCAAAAGGAGUCAACACUCAGUAACUUGAGAUAUUUAGACUUGAGUUCUGCUGCCACAUCAAUGAGCUACACACACACACCCGCACACACACACACACACCCGCACACACCUGCCACUCUGUGCUGCUUACAAAUUAAGUUUACUAACCAGUGGUCAUAGGUUAGUAAUGUGUUAAUAAUGAAGGCAGCAUAAACUGCUGUAUAGCACCACCUAUUGUCUGGUGGAUGUGUCUGCUGCUACAGCUACAUACAUCUUAAAAGAGGAACAAUGUUGGAAAUAUUAUGCUGUGUGAAAAUACUGUAAAUGUGCAACUUUCGAAGAUCAUUUUAUUUAUUUAACCGAUUUUUUUUACUCUAUGUUUGAAUGUUCAAAGAUGAAUGCUGUAAAGGUUCAAUAAAUCAUCUGGUGUCAUUUUGUACAA